AACUCUUUUUUAUUUUGAGUUACAAUUGCAGUAACCAAUGCCGCUCUCACACGAUUUCUCUUAUUUAUCAUGAUAAACAUGGCCAAGUUCAUAAAAGUUUUUGUUAUUUGUUUAUUCCUUCUUUUGCCAGUUACUGGAGCUAAAAAUGAAAAAAAUAAGAAAAAGGACAAAAGCGAUGCAUCUGAAAAGUGGAAAAAGAAAGAUAUAAGGGAUUAUAAUGAUGUCGAUAUAGAACGUCUCUACGAGCAAUGGGAGGAAGCAGAUGAUGAUGAGCUAGAGGAGGAUGAGUUACCUGAAUGGAAAAAGGAGCCACCAAAGAUGGACCUUUCCAAACUGGACCCAAAUGACCCUGAAGGCUUCAUCAAAAUGUCAAAGAAAGGUCGUACACUUAUGAUGUUCGCAACUGUUUCAGGUAAUCCCAGUGAAGCUGAAACAGAGAAAAUAUCAAUGCUGUGGCAUAGCAGUUUGUUUAAUGCUCAUAUAGAGACUCAAAGGUAUGUAGUAGGCAGCAACAGGGUCCUUUUCAUGUUGACUGACGGAGCCAAAGCAUGGGAAAUAAGAGAUUUUUUAGUGAAACAAGACAGGUGCGAGGAAGUUUCUAUUGAAGGCCAGACCUAUCCAGGUGCUGGAGCUACUAAGACUGGUAAAGAGGACUCAAAGAACACUAAGACAAAAUCAAAAACAACCAAAAAGAAUGAAGAAUUAUAGCCUGAGCUUGUCAAAUCACAAAAGAAAUGACAGCAAAGACAAGUGAUCCAUGAUUAACAAAAUCAAGAAUAGAAGUAAAUUAUUUUUGGCUACAGCUAGAGGGAUCAUAGUUUCUAAACUUUUGUUAACUGCCACAAUUAAGUAAAGGUUAUUGUAAAUACUAAUAUAAUAAUGUUUAACAGUUAAGGAGACUUGAGAUAAAGGCAACUAUGUCCCACUGAUUAAAUAUUGCCACUUUGUUUCUUCUUUAGCUGUCUUCAGUAAAUAUUUUUUUCUUACACCUGCAUAAAGCAUUUGUCAUUCCAAUAUUUAUAUAUAUAUUUUUUUUGGUAUGUAAAACCAGAACUAGGUGCUGUUGCCUUCAGUUGUAAGAUUUAUUUUAUUUAUUGAAUUAAAAAGAAAAUAGUUAAUUCCUUGUAAACUUUGAACAUUUGAAAUGUCAGACUCUUGUAAUGAAUAUGCUCAUUGAUAGUUAAGUUCUUGUGAACUUUGAACUUUUUAAAAUGUCAGACUCUUGUAAUGAAUAUGCUCAUUGAUAGUUAAGUUCUUGUGAACUUUGAACCUUUUAAAAUGUCAGACUCUUGUAAUGAAUAUGCUCAUUGAUAGUUAAGUUCUUGUGAACUUUUAACUUUUUAAAAUGUCAGACUCUUGUAAUGAAUAUGCUCAUUGAUAGUUAAGUUCUUGUGAACUUUGAACUUUUUAAAAUGUCAGACUCUUGUAAUGAAUAUGCAUUGAUAGUUAAUUCCUUGUGAACUUUUGUAACAUGAGACUCUAGUAAUGAAUCUGCUCAUUGAAUGAUUUAGUGAAUGAGCUAACUGAAUUAAAAGCAAUUGUUUAGACCACAGUUUUAGCACUCAACAAAUAACUUCGUUGAUUCCAAUAAUGUUAAAAUGUAAUAUAAGAAAACAUUAAGCAAAAAAAGCAUGAACAUUAAAUGUGUACCUCGAUAGAUAUUAUUUUAAACAUCAUUUGACCCAGUAUUGUUGAUUCAGUUCCUAUGUUCAUCUGAUUCAGUAUUGAGUGUGCUUUUAUAACAUGCAAUCACUUGUGCCUUGUUUUAAUUUAAUGAAUAUUUAGAUGUUAUGGAAAUUUCAGGCCAGCCAAUUGUUACUUUGUCCUGUAGAUCUUGGGAUCAUUAAGGCAAUAAAAUACAUAUGUAGUUUCUAAUGCAUCUCGUGAUGAAAGAUGCCUAACCUGUGACUGCAGCUGCAUAUCAAAGGGCUGGCCUCUUAAGCCACAUGAAAAAUUGCAAAGGGAAAAAAGAUUAUCUUUUAAAGAUGUAAAAUAUAUCAUCGACAUACUUUGAGGGUAUGACCAUCUUCAUUUUUCUGAGUGGAGGACUGAAGAGGUUUACCAUAUUUUCCAGCAUUCAGUCUCAGAAGUUGGACCUUGACUUGUACUUGUUCUAGUCCUUAAUCACCAACAAAAGUGUAUUAGAGAACGUCACACAUAUCCAUAUUAUUUGACACCUAGCUACUUCAUUGUAAGUUUUUAUCAGUUAUUAUGUAUCACAUUGUGCCCCCCCCCCUUUUUUUUUUUUUGAAGAAAGGGGUUCUGAGUUGAAAAAUAAACAAUACAGUGGAGUCUUGGCUAAUGACCACAAUCCAUGCUGGAAAGUUGGUCAUUUCUCAAAAUGUUUGGCAUCCAAAAAAAAAGUAUUUUCCAUAAAAAAUAAAGGAAAUAGAUUUCAUUGGUUUCCAGCCCACAUAGACUCCUUAAUAUAAAUAAUAUAUGAAAGUUAAAGGCUAUACAUUUUUUUUUAAGAGAAUAGUUAUAGUACAAUAUAUAUGGAGUUAAACAUAAAAACAUGAAAGAAAACAUUUGAACAUAAAAAAAAUAAAUUUAGUAAACAUAAGAAAACUUAAUGUUUUUACUUUGAUCUGAUGGCAUGGGUGAAAGAAGUGAAAUUACUGCUUCGAGGGGGAACGCUCCUCUGAGAGAACAAGUGGCAGAUUGGUAAACUGUGAAGCUUCUAUAAUGCUUGAUCUUGCAGUCAAAGGAGGGGGGGGGAUGGCUGUUCAUCAUCCAAAGUUUCGGUAUCUGGUGCAAAUUUUUUUACACAUUUUUUGGUAGUUGUAGAAAAUGUUCAAUAUGGAAGUUAUUUGCUAGCUGAGGUUCCAUCUUUAUUCUUACCAACAAAUGAAUGUUUAUUAUAAUGUAUUCAAUGUUGUAACUCAAUGAUACCCAACCUUCAUCAUCCUGCUGGCCAAAUAAAUUACCCAGACUCAUUAUAAAAUAAAACUAGCAAAAUUCAAUGUGAAAGAGAAAAUCUUGGAUUCUACUCCUUGAAAUAUUUGUUGUUACAAGCCUGAGCAUUACAUAGUGGACCACAAUCUUCAUCCCAUGGUUCAGCUGGAUGCAACACCUUGCCACAGAGGUUUUGGUGAAUAAUACAAUGAAGCCGCAAAGUCAACCUUGUUUCUAAUUACUCUUACUGUGGUAGCCAAUCAUACUUUUGAUACUGUCUGUAGUCACUUCCACUAAGUUUUCAAAUAGCAGUACCCUCUGUUAUGACAGAAACCUCAUUAAAACAGUUUUUUUUUCUUGCAGUAAAUAUUAGUCUCAUUCAUGCCUCUCCCAGUUCUGAACUUUUCUGUAAUUUAAAAAUGUAUGUUUGUACCUCAAAUAAAUACUCAAUGUUAAAAUGGCUUCAACUUUUUCUGCUUCAAUUUGAGGAAUGUUGUAGCUUGCCCCUUUUCACUGCUUCAUUUUAUUUUUUGUUUCUUUGUGGUAAAUAUUUUCCACACAUCUACAAUUCCUAGAUAUAGUUUAAACCAAUAUAAAACCAUACUUGUGCUUUGUUUCGUAAAGCCAGAUCUGUCCAAGUUUUUGGAUAUCUGUACACUCAGAGACUUUUUGUUUGUUUAACUUUCCCAUGUCAUCAACACACAAAUGUGAACAAGAUGGAAUCAAUGACAUUGCUACCAAAAGAAGACUGCUAAAAAUGCUGAAAAGCUGUCAUGUGCCCAACACAUGAUGAGUAGGACACAGCUCAAGAUAGGAGUGAACAUUUUCAAAAACUAAAAAAAAAAUAUUUAUAGAAAAUACAAAAACUAUUAUAUGAAUAACAGAAAUUAAUGAAUGAAAGCUACUGAAAACAAUUGAAAAAUGACUCAUAAUUAUGGUUAUUCCCUUUUUUUAUUUCUUUGUUGUAUUUUUUUACAUGCUGAUUUACUGUACUUAGGGCAGAAGUUAAGGCAGGCCAGGUUUUUUCCACAUCUGUUCUGCAGCCCUUAGUUUGGAUUUCCUUGUAACUUACUGUUAAUAUAAAGUUUGUAUUGUUAGUCUUUUCUUUACAUUUUGAAGCAUUCUGAGAAAACUGAUCACUGUGUAUACACAUGUUGGUAUUUUUUUUGUUUAUUUUCAAUGUAUUUACAAAGUAUCAGUUUGUUUCUGUAUUAACAAAAUGGUGACUGCUUGAUGAGAUCUGAUAUUUUGUAAUCAAGUAUAUUAUCAUGUAGCAGAACAGUGUGUUUAGGAAAAGUAUGUAUAGUAUUUAGAGUCUAUACUUGUUCCUUUCUUUCUGAUUGUAAUUCUUUUGUGGUAAUUGAACUGAUAGUUUACUGGAAUUGAACGUAUUCAAUGUGAAUGAAGAUUGCAUGUCAGUGUCGCUACAUUUUGUACUUAAUUGACUUCAUGUUGACUUAUGAACACAAGUUAGUAGUUGGAGAAAAAGGAAAAUUGAAAAACUUGUUCAGACAUUGAUUCAUGAUGUUUUCUAAUACCUGGUACCUAAAACUUGGGGUGGGCAUGCCUCAACAUUUCUGUUGUAUAGUCAAGGUUGGGUCAAAGUGGAAAUUUUUUUAAAAAGUGAAAAGUUGCUAUGUGAAGAAAUAACAUCCAAGUGUGAGCAACUCUUAAUGUCUACUUACACAAAUAGUUCUGUUCGUUUGGCAAAUGUUAAUAACUUGAACUGUAUCACUUACAAAUGUCAGGUUUAUAUACAUUUCCUAUUUAUAUUCAAUAUGCAUUCUAUGUAUAAUUUGUGUGUGUGUGAUUUGUUCAAUUUAUGUCCUAGUCACUGAAGAGAUGUAAAGUGAAUAUUUGCUAUUAAAAAAAACAAGCAAACAAGU